AUGUCAUCUAAGUAUAACAAGAUCAGCCAAGCAACGAAAGAUGGGUUAGAUGGGACAAAACACGUCACACGAUUACAUGAUGUUCCUGGAUUGAUUCGUUUCACCGAUAAACCUGUUCCGGUUUCUCCACCAAAAAUAGAAGCCAUGAAGUUCAAAUCUUCACCUACUCGUGUUAGUGUAGAUUCGUUUAAAGAGAAUGAAACGACGUCAACAUUUUCAGGUUCACUGAACAAUGUAUCUAAUCGUAGAAAUGAUCCAAAAGGAUCAACUGAUUUUGAUGAGGAAGUUGAUGUGAAUUCAGCUGUAAGAAAAGCCAUAGAAAAGGCUCAAGAAAGUAUACGCAUUGCGAAAGAAUCUGUUGGUAGAAAGAAGAAGGGUCUUCAAAGCUUUUCAAAUAAAACAUUCAAAGAUAGCUUUAAAGUUGAAGGUACUUCAUCUCAAGUUUUUCCAGAUUUCAAGGAUGGUAAGAAACUUUUGGUUGUAAAGAAGGUUAUAGAUGAAAUAAAUGAGAAAAUAUCAAAAAAAUCAACUAAAGAAUGUUCGAUACCAGUACAAUCUUGUAACAUAUAUAAACAUGAACAUGAAACCUUGUGUUCUAACGAAGUUGACAGAGAAACAACAAAGACCGAGACCUUGGAGGCUGCGCAUGAAGAUCAAGCAUAUAAUAUGUUUUAUAAAGGUAAAAUGAAUCAAAAUGUACCCCAAGGAUCUUAUCAAAAUGAUAGUGAGAAACUAGAGGAGGUUCUUGAACAAAAAGAUGUUCAAAAUGUCGAAAGUGAUAAGGGGGGUGAGGAGGUUUUGGAAUUGUUUGAAAACGCUAAAAUCCAUGACGAAGAAGGAACUUGUGAGAUGUUUUGUGAUGAUUUCGAGAUGACACAAGAAGAUAAUAUCACCGAUGAAAGCAAAGAGGAAACUUUAGAUGAAUCUUUUGAUCAGGAAUUCAAUGUGAAAUCAGCCGGUGAUGACAAAGUUUCAGAAGAAACUGACAAUAUCGAUGGUAUUUAUGUUGAAAGCAACAUUGUUGAUAUGUAUGACAACAUAGUGGAAACAACACAAGAUGUUACAGAAGACAAAGAAUCAACGGAAGAAGCCGUUGCAUCAGAGGUUUGCGAAAAGACUUCAAUGGAUCAAAAUGAAUCCGAUGAGGAUGAAUAUGAAGUGAAAUCUGAAGUAAAUGAUGCGCGUUGUGUGAAGACAGACAUGGAUGAAUCUAACAAACAAAAGAACAUUAUCGACAACCUGGCGGCAGAGAAUGAUGGAAAUGCAAAUGAAAUCAAAGAUUCGCUAGAAUCUCGAUAUAGAGAUAAGGAAGAUGAAACCGAGGAGCCUGGGCCGAGCAACGCGUCGGGACAAGAUCAUUUUAGAAGGAUUUAUGAGGAAGCAGCUGCUAAAGAAAGGGAACGGGUCAGAAACAGAUCAGUAGUUGAAAGGGCAAUUUCUGAAGCUCGUGAGCGGGCCUAUGCAGAAGCCCGUGAGAGAGCUGAACGUCAACGGGCUGAUGUUAAAAAAGCUAUAGAGGAAGCUAGACAAAUAAAGAUGGCAGAGGCCGGUGAAAAGGCUGCUAAAGCUUCUGUUGCGAAAGACUGUUUCUGUAAGUAA